AUGGAUCCGGAAGCCGCACCCAGCGGCGAGUACCGCAAGUACCUGCCAGAUCUAAGCAUACCACGCUUCACGACUAUGAAGCAACAGAGUGCACAUGUGUACGCCAAAGACUUCAAGGAGAACCAUGGGCCUCCUUGGCUGCACGCCCUAUAUACUCACUGGCUCAAGCUGCUAUCAGAACCUUACAAGGGCGUCACAAGUGAUGGCAACGUACGCCCAAAUUUGUUCCAGCUGCAGGACGAAGGUAUUCCGAUAGACGCUAUUGUCAAGGCAGCCACCGAUCUAAUCUCACAAUUGACGCCCCAAGAACUCGCUAGGACAAUGCACCACAUCGACUCGCCGGAAUGGCGGACGUGGUCAAACCCAGAAUUUCUAUUGUCGGAUAAGGGCAUUCGUCUGGACGAUGUCACGCCUGCCGUGCGAGACGCUACAAUGGCGUUGCUGAAGGCGAUACUAUCUCCAGAGGGCUACGAGAAGGCUGUCUCUGCAAUGCGGAUCAAUGGCUUCCUGGGAGAGCUAGUCGACGGCAAAGCACCCAUCGACACCACGCCCUGGGGCAUAUCCUUCUACGGUCACCACUUAUGUCUCAACAUCUUCCUCUAUCGGUCCCAACUCAUCAUCUCUCCCUGGUUCACAGGCGCCGAGCCAAACGAGAUCGACGAAGGACCUUACAAGGGCACGAAGAUCUUGAGGAAAGAGGAAGCACUUGGUCUGAAACUCAUGCAGUCCCUCUCAGUGGCCCAGCAGACUACCGCUCAGAUCUACAAACAGAUGAAAGACCCAGCUAUGCCACCAGGCCGCUGGAAUAGAGACGACCAACGCCACCUCUGUGGUGCUUACCGCGACAAUCGCGUUGUACCAUAUGAAGGCGUCCUGGUGUCAGAUCUUGGCCCCGAAGCUCAGUCACUCGUCUCUCAAACCCUUGCUGAAUAUUUCCUCUACCUGCCGCAACAAGCCCGCGACAUGCGGUUGAAGCAAGCACAGCAAUACUUCAAGGAGACCUACUUCUGCUGGAUUGGUGACUAUAGUAGCAGCAACUCUAUCUUCUAUUAUAGAAUCCAGAGUCCGGUCGUAAUUAUCGAAUUCGACCACCACUCGGGCGUGUUCUUGACGAAUCAGGAACCUCAGAGGUUUCAUGUGCAUACUUUGUUGCGGACGCCGAAUCAGGGUGACUACGGUAUGGCGCUGAAGGCGCUCAUCCCAGGUGAGGUGGAGCAGGCUUGGGUUUGGGAGGAGGACCUGAAGUGA